AAUUCCAGGUGUUUCCUCACUUUGUCUGAAAUGAACGAUAGCAUCGGUUGCACACGAUUUGCAUUGAUGAUGCAUCUCAGACUGUGUGACUGAGUACAUCCCACUGAUAUUCAUAUGAGAAAUAUGGUUGUUGAAUCUAAAGUUGUUGGCUUUCUGUCAUCACAAUGACAAUACUUUCAUUUCAUAACAAUUACACAAGUUGCUUCCCUAGUGAUGCACAAUGAGGUUUUCAUAGUGCUCUACAUAGGUUUCCAGUGACAUAAGUGGCAGGUUAAUAUUGGUACAAAAAGUGUUGCAUUGUAUCAUUUUCAGUAAUUUGAUACUUUUACAAUACCAGGUAAAAGUGUUCUGUUGUACCAUUUCAGGGGCAGACAAAUCACCCAGCUGUCAUCCAUGCACACUAAUUAAUCCACCUAGUAAAAACCUGUGCUGCAGUCAUCCAGAUUCAGAACCAUGUACUAGGUUUUUUAGUUUUAUUUAAUUUUUUUCCUUUUUUGGUUCUUCAACUUACUUGUCCACUGAACAACUACAAAAAAAAAAAAAAAAAAAAACCCAAACGUAAUAGCCUGGCCACGAAAACUGUUCAUUCCGGGCACCCAGGCUAAUCAUGUGUCCACCCCUGGAUUUUUUAGUAAUUUGAUUUUUCAAUACCAGUAUGCUGUGCAAUCAUAAACUGUAUAACUUGUGUUGCUUUUUAUUGUGCUGCAUAAAUAAUUUCACUUCUUGUUUCCAGCCACAACAAAAAGCCCUUUGUUUAAUCAUCAUGAGCAUACAAACUGAGUGUGGAUGGAGUGUGUGAAUUGUGUGGAGCUCCAUGAGCUCAGGCCCUCGAGACAUGGCAUCGAAAACACUUCCUUCUGUGAUGAGGAAGAGGAAGCCCGUAUAUGUGUUGUUAAUUCCAGAACAGAACCGAGUCGGCAUUUUCCCUCUCACAGUGGAGUUGGAAUUAAUCCUCAGAUUCUUCAAGGAGAUGUUCACUCAGACGAAGAACAAGGACCAGUGUAUGAAGAAUGUUCUGUGGAUUACAGCUUCAUGCUGGCAUUGGUAUUCCUUGUCAGUGGAAUUGCUUUAGUCAUCAUUGCCUACUCCAUACCAAGGGCGGCUCGAAUCAGUCCAGACCAGGUUACAGCACGCCAGAUGGAAAAGUUGGAGAUGUACUACGCACAGCUCGGUGCUCACCUUGAUAAGUGCAUCAUUGCUGGACUUGGCUUACUUACUCUGGGUGGGAUGCUCUUGUCCAUUCUGUUAAUGGUUUCUAUAUGCAAAGGUGGGCUUUAUCACCGCAGAAGUUUCACCACCUUAAGGAGACCUAUGAAGUCGUAUGGCUCCAUAAACAUGACGAUGGGACAGUUAGCGUCUGGAAGAGAACCUAUCGUGGAGUGUGAUUCAAGCACAGACACUCAUGAUGCACUGAGUGCUGAAGGAAUACAACAUCUAAGACAAACUCAGUAGCACAAGCUUACAGUGCCUGCCUCUCAAAUAGCCCAAAUGCCUCCUUACUUCCUAUAGACUGUAAGUACACUAUGAACAUAUACAUGAAGAGACACUUUAUGAUAUAAAAGGUACCAAAUAUUGGCUUCUGCAUUCUACAUAGUGAUUGGUUUAAGGCACUUUUGAAUCUUAGCUGGAACAAUAUAACAUCACCCUGGAAGAGAAUACAAGAACACUGAAUAAAUGAAACAGCUCAGGAGUUCCAGGAUAAUGAUAAAUGAAUAUUGGUAUGUAGAUGUCUUCAGGGCAGGAUUAGUAUCAAAUAUGUGAAGUUUGGUGAAGAUUGAAUAUUGUCUGAGUUAGUGUAAAACAUGCCAGUCCAUGUUGGCAGCAGGUGGCGUAUACCAGGAGAUUAGUUUUUCCCUUCUUCUAAGACACAAAAUUCAGCAUAUGAAAGUCUUAAAGUAAUUAGUAAAUAAUUUGAAAUAGUUUUGUUAAAUUCGAUACAAGGCUAAACUCUGCAUUGCUGUGGUCCUAAAAGACAGCAGUCUGAUACUCCUUGCUUACAACAUUUCCUGAAACCAUUAUAUUCUAUGGAUUAUACGUGUGAAUUAGGAUAGACAUGCUUAUUUAUUAUUUCUGGGGUUUCAAUUGUUGUAGUGAAGCCUUUAAUAUAUAGAGCAGUGCAUAUGAAUGUAACCAGUUGGCGCUUUUGCAUUAUAUAGUGUCCUAUACACAGAUUUUAUAUGUAGGAAAUACAUAAAUGACUUGAAAACAUAGUAUAUUCUAUAAAGCUAUUAUCACAAAAGUCACAAUAUCCACACUUAUUAUACAAGCAGGGUUUUCCCUACCAUAGAAAGGCUAGCAAUGCCUGUGUUUUUGCCAAGCGCCUUAAGCAGAAUGAAAGUAAAAUGGCAUUUAGGCGACAUAUCAGAAUGGAUGUUAAAACAACGUGAGAGUUCUAUGCACUGACAAAAUAAAUAUAUAAAAACGGAGAGGUGGCUUGAUCUCAAACGGAAAGGUAAGCUGGCAAAAGGAAUAAGCAAUCGGUGUUGGGACAAACAUUUGUGUAAUUGGUGUGUGACAGAUGUUCAUCACCAAGCUAAUCAAACAACUGAUUGGAUAUUUCUCUGUACUGUCACCUUGGGAUGGUAGUUACAAUUAUCGACUAAGCAAGUUGCAAACCAUCAAUAAGGUAAACUUCAUCAAAGGAUAAGUGAAGGAGUAAUUCUUGU